AUGUGCGUUAAUGAGGCUGCACUGAUGGGCACUGAUAAGCGGCACUAAUAGGUGGCACUGAUGGGCACUGAUGAGGAGGUACUGUACCAGGGGUGGACUGACAAACUCAUGGGGCCCCCGGGCAAUAGGGGAUCAUGGGGCCCCUGUGUCCUUGCCCAAACUCAAAAAAGCCUAUGAAAAAGGUACAGGGGGCACCUCAUGGGGCCCCCUACUGACCCCCAGGCCCUCAGGCAGUGCCCGAGUUUCCAAAUGGUCAGUCCGCCCC